GAGAGAGAGAGAGAGAGAGAGAGAGAGAGGCAAACAGGAGGAGAGAUGGUGAGAGGGGAAGUGAGUUGGCAUCAGUGUAUCUAACAUGGACUCAGCGCUCCUCACUGGCUGUCAUCUUGAUUGCUUAGCAGAAUGAGAAGGUUGAUACAGGGUACUCUGGGGAUUCAACCGAUGUCUCCCUGAGGUCUUCUGGAUGAUUCCAAACUAUGAGCAAUGCUAGUAUUUGUCUGUCUUGUUUUGGGGCAUGUUCGUGUGUGUGUGUGUUCCUACUCUCCACUGCACUGCAAUGUAUUUCAAGCUUUGAUCUCUGCUAUCUAAACAGGCCUCUAAACUUGUGCAAUCUUGCUGCCUAAAUCUCUACAGCCAGUGUAUCCCUUGGUGAUGCUAACAAACCGUACCUUGGUGUAACAGUAACUGUGUCCAAUCAACUAGGCUUAGAGAGAUUGGAAGACUCAAGUAACAAAACGACAACAAGAUAGUGAAAGCAAAUAUGGACUGAGAAGUCAACGUCUACAUUUUAUCACUAUAUUAAAGUGAUUUGUGUUGUCAAUCUUUUUUUUUCUUCUCAUAAAUCUGUUGCCAGAGUAACCUUAACAUUUCUCUAGAUGUGUGAAACAUCAGAUUACACAAGGGAUGUUCAAGUGAUAAACAGAUAGACAAUAAUCAUCACAAAAAACCAUAAUGAUCCAAACUCCCAAGAACAUAUUCAUAUUUUCUGUGAGUAUAAAACGAAUGAAGAAUUUUUUUGAAUGUUGACAUAUUUUCCUGAAUACACUUCUGAGAACAUCUUCACAGGUUUUGGCUGUGCAACACUCUACAAAAACAAGAUUGUCAAAAUGAUUUGUCUUGUUUUGUGGCCAUGACCCUGUCCAUGAGAAAAUCUGAGGAGGUGUGAGGGGGACCCCACCCAGGAACACCAUCUACUCCCUGGGGUUAAAAAGACUCAGGCCAGAUGAAAAAUGAAGUGUUUAUUUGCAUGUGUGCUGUCAAAUACAGGGGUUGUACAGAAGCAUCAACUGCCAAGCAAAUGACAUGCAAAUGAGAUUCAAAUGAGAUAAAAAGAGGCUGAAAGGGUGAAUGACACAGUAUGUUUGUAUGCAUGCCAUGGCACACGAGUUAGAGCUUUGUACAUCUAUCACAACUGGAUGAAUGAAAAGGUGGACUUUCUAUGAUAACGGUGAACAAUAUUGGACCCAAGAUAAAACCAAAUGAAAGACCUACAGGAUAUCUGCAUGUCGUGCCAAGGAAUAUCUGAACGUCUAAUUUGGUGACAGUAUGAGCGUGGUAUUUGUGUGCAUGUUUGUGGAUGUCGUGUAUGUACCACAUUUACCUGUUUAUCAUUUGUUUUCCCUUUUAAAACCACCAUCAGUUUUACUACAACAGUAACAGAAGAGCUCUGAGAAUGACCAACUAUGGCGUCACAAUAGUGGUGGACAAUGGGGCUGUGUCAGGGAGGGCGGCCUGGGCGUGGCCACUCUGGACAGAGGCUCCUCACAAUGCAGGGGCCACAGCAGCUGUCUGAACCACUGUGUCUCCCUUCACCCCACUACCACUCUCUGUUCAGCUCCAACCCUGGAACGCAGGGAUGGAGGUGGAGUGGGAGGAGAGCCAGAGAGGGAUAGAUGGCAAACAUAGACUGGAAAACAAAAGGCCAAGGGACAGAGAGGCCCUUUCAGUUAAAACGUGCACAUACAUACACACAAGUACACACCCAAACACACACACACAAGCACACUUGCAUAGAUAACCUCACAAUUAUUGUCCAGCCUGCAUUCAUCUUCUCUUCAACACCCCCACAACCCUCACACACGUACCCACUGUUAGUCUCUGCUCCUCCCAUACUUAUAAACGUUGUGCAGUUGAUUUGAGUUACAGGAGUGUUUACCCAAGCUUCUAAAAGGAGAGCUAUCCUCUUCAAACAACCAUAAAAUUUUACUGGCCACGACAAAGACAAGUGAUGAAGCUAACCCGCUGAACUGAAUUUCACAUAAAGGAAGAAAGAAUUCUGGUCGCCUUGGCAGGAUUCUGAUUGUAAGGGCAAAAUCAUAGUCAGAAAGAUUCAUGACAGGUACAAAUGUCCUGGAUUGUAAGAUGAGUCUGAUGAACAAUUGAAACAGCCCUUGUGGGACUGUGCAAACAGUGGAGGAACCUCAUUGACUGUAUAUGAAGUCUGAAUAAACACAAAGCCCACCUGCUCUUCAGUUUACGUUUAAUGAGAACUACACAACAAAAGCCCAGUACAAUAGUCAUGGGGGCUUCUGCUGUUGACUAUUCAGACACCCAUGCACUUCUGAAUAGGCUUCAGGAUAUCAAUCUGUUUUAAAGCAUACAUGGUUGGCAUUAGAUAUGGGAGUUUUCCUACAGGUCAUAGGAUAAGGAUGUCACAGAACUUUGACUACAUAGAGGUUUUCCCUAAAAGGUCAAACAGAAUGUAUUCAUUUUGGUUCCAUUUUAGGGCUUGCAUUUAGUUGCUGCAGACCUACAGUCCUGUAGUGGCAUUGAGGAUGGAUGAUUUGUUUGUUUUCAUUCCUGCAUCUGAAACAGAUAUUUUACACUAGCCUUUGAGACAGCAGUCCCAUAUUACAUAGGCCUAUCCCUCUAUGACCUUGCUGGUCUUUCUACCCCGAGAACUCUGUCCAUCAGACACAUUCAUUUCCUGAGGGGAUGGGGGACCGUGAGAGAAGGACUUCCAAGACGUUCCCUUUAAAUGGAUGUAGAUGGAAAUAUAUUGGAUACAGAUAGAAUAAGAUUGACCAAAUAUUCAUAGCCUAGUAGUAAAUCCAUGUCACACAGUCUGACGUCAACUGCCUGUAUGUGGAUGUUUUCCGAAUUAUCAACACUGUUAAAUAAGUUUUGAGCGCCAUCCAGUGGUUUUAAUCGACUUAAACAAACUGCAUACGACAAAAGUUCACAUCAAAAUAAAAAGCAUUUUUUAUCAUAUUUAAAUGUGGAAGAUAGUAGCCUAUUUAUAAUUAAUUUACUCUUCAGCCUACAUUGGUUUCUCUUCACACUCAGUGAUUUGAGUAUCAGUACAUCUACGUAAUGUUAAAUUGUACUAAAAAGAGCUAUGGUGUAUUUUAGAAACAGAUCUGAGUGAGAUGAGUGGACAUUUUCCUACUCGAGAAAACCCGAUGCGACGCAUGAAGACCACCAGUGAUACCAAAAAGAAAGGGUUAUCAACGUUCAUCAACAUUAAGGCAGAUAGUGUAAGGUGCUGUAAAUCAUGGAUGAAGCACGUACGGAAGUUAUUGCCCCAUAAGCGAAUGCAUUUUUGGCUCCGACCUACACGCUUUCAAAGAAGACGUGAAGUGUGAACAUUGUGUCGUCACAGUGCAACUGGGAAUGCUUUGGUUUUCAGCUACUUCAUCAAUCGCAAUGUUCUCGGAUUGUUUACAGAACACCAUAUAAAUUGACGCCGUGAAGUGAGCUGUAGGUAUUUUGUCUAGACAAUUUACCAUUACCAUAUUGAAUGUGUAUCGAAACAAUUGUGUCUGAUCAUGAGUUCCACUGUAGUUCCAAAUGGGUGUUAGAUAGCAACAUUUCUGAAAGAUAAUCUGUACCUUGAGAAACUGGGACAGUGUCCCCAACUGAAGGUAGGAUGGUGUUGUGUAACUCUGUCUGCCCAGGGUGUAAGAAACGUGACAUGUGUUAGCCAAGCUGUCUUCUGCAAGCAAUUUGACCCACCUUGUUGGUCACUGCACCUACACAGACUGCCUGCAUUCUUGCAGAGCUUGAACCCUAAACUCCAGCCCCUAUACAGAAUGUCACAACUAUGUUACAAAAUUGUGCCAUCAUUUAUUUGUGUGUAUGUAUUACGAAGUUUGUUUUAUUUAAAAAAAACUGCUUAGGGGUAUUGAAUAUACAGUGUCAUUUAAACUUAACAACUGAGCAAUUAUCCUUACAGCUUUGCUCUGGCUGACUGAGCAAGCUGAGCUACUGACAAUCGGAAGCAGCAUGAGAUAGAGGGGCAAGAGACCAGGGGCUGUGCUGCAUGGAGGUCCCUAAACCCAGGAAGAGUGUCCAUCCUGGGCAGAAGGAGGACGGAGCUCAGGGCAAGGAUGGAAGUCCAACACCAAGUAUUGAAAGUGAUUCAGACCCUGCAGGAGAUAUGGGGGACACCUCUAAAGACCACCAGAGCAAAUCAGUGUGUCAGCGACGCACCCAAGCACCCCAGAACCCCACCAUCAAUAAGGGCCUACAGCCAACGCCCCCUCCUGAGAGCAAAGUGCGCCGCAGCUUGCUCAACCUUCCUGUCAUCAACCCAGAAAGACUCAGGACAGCUAAAGCCUUGGUGGACCAAGCAUUGCAGAUGCGGAAGGUCUUUUCCAUCCAGGGUCAGUACCCGGUUGUUCGGGCUAUCCUCAGGGCCAGAGGUUGGGUAGAACGGCGCCUACCAAAGCCAAACCAACUUUGCAGGCGUCGCCGAGGAGAUGAGGAAGAUGAUGGGAAUGAUGCAGAUGACAGUGAUGAUGAUGAUGACAAUCCACACGAUGUUGAGAAACAGGAGGAUCCUGAUGACAUGUGUGAUAUCAUGUCACGCAUGGUGCGCAAUGAAAGGACAUACCUUUAUUGGACAACCCGUAGAGAGAACAUUGAAAUUCGGAUUCUGCGAAAGGAACAGAUUACUAAUCACUAUGCAAAGGCUGGAACCAUCACCACCAAGGUGGGCCUGUGUGUCAACCUGAGGAACCUGAGGUGGUUCGAUGCAGCUGACCCGGACACCUUCUUCCCUCGCUGCUAUAGGCUGGGUGCAGAAGAUGAGAAGUACGCCUUCAUCGAGGACUACAGGAGGACAGCCUGCACCAGCCUAUUGAAGUGUAUAGUAGAGAGGAGUUGUGGUGAGAGAGGAGAGGGACAGAAAGCUUGGAAAGACGGAUCAACCAGGCAGUCAGGUCAAAACAAAUCAAACAAGCGCCGACCAGUCGUAUCGGUGUCCUGCACAAUCAUUGACAUUGCAUUAGAAGUGUGUCAAGACUUUCUGGAUAGUUUGGAACAUAAUGACAUAGACAUUUCCUUGGACACGCCGCCAGCGCUUAAUGAAGAACAGUGGUCUGAGUUCAUUCACAAUUAUUACUGCGUUGUUCAUGAUGGAGUAGGAAUAGAAAACAGUUCUAUGUAUCUGGCCAGCUGUCAGGCCAUGUUGCAGAAGCUUCAGGAGGUCAGUCCACAGCUGGAAACAGACGGUACUCACAACAUCUGGAUUAUCAAACCAGGGGCCAUGUCCAGAGGUAGAGGUAUAAUGUGUGCAAAGCGUCUAGAUGAGAUCCUCAGGCUGGUUGACAGUGACCCGUCCCUGAUUAAGGACAGUAAGUGGGUGGUGCAGAAGUACCUGGAGCGCCCCCUGCUAGUUCAUGACACCAAGUUUGACCUGCGUCAGUGGUUCCUGGUCACUGACUGGAACCCCCUCACUGUCUGGUUCUAUAAGAAGUGCUACAUGCGCUUCUGCACACAGCCCUACUCAGUAGAGACUCUGGACAGCUCCAUUCAUCUGUGUAAUAACUCCAUCCAGAAGCACCUGCAGCCUUCUCUGCAGCGCCACCCGGAGGUACCGGCAGACAACAUGUGGUCGUGUGACCAGUUCAAAGCCUUCUUGUCUAGGCAAGGUCGGGGUGCACAGUGGGGGUCUGUGGUGGUCCCAGGGAUGAAGAAGGCUGUGGUCAAUGCCCUUCAGACAGCUCAGGACCUGGUGGAGUCACGACGAGGUAGCUUUGAACUGUAUGGAGCUGACUUCAUGCUCGGUCGCGACCUGAGGCCAUGGCUGAUAGAGAUCAAUGCCAGCCCCACCAUGGCGCCAUCCACAGCAGUGACUGCCCGCCUGUGUGCCAAGGUUCAGGAGGACACUUUACGGGUGGUUCUUGACAAACGUCUGGACAAGGGGGCACAAACCGGAGGUUUUCAGCUCAUUUGCAAGCAGGCUGCAGUGGAGGUGCCUCAGUACGUUGGGGUCAACUUCCUUGUCGAGGGCUCUCAGAUCAAACGGCCCCGGCGCACUCCUCCUCCGAAAGCCUCUAAACUCUCUGAGCCUCGGACCAACCUUGUGGUCCCCAGACGGUGCCCCGCCAGCAAGGAGGAGUCGAGGACAGAGAAAACAAAGACAGCAUCUAAGAGGUGGAUGAGGGCCGUGGUUAAACAGCUUUCCUUGUCUAGCACCAAGGUCCAGCCCCCUUCCUUUUCGGAGAAGCCUCCGGCCACAGACACUUGGAGGCUGCAUUACCCAUGCCUGCCUAUGGUUGGUGUUCACUCUUAUCACAGGCCCCCCAUAGCUCAGUCCCACUCCAUGGAUUGCUGGAGAAGGCCCCAGGUUAUAAAGCCACGGUCGGUGCAAAACUGCAGACUUUUAGAUACCAGCUAUCAAGGCCCUAUUUUUCCUCUGGAGGUCAUACGCCUGCAGGACCCAGCCAAGAAGGCCCCUUCCCUGCAGUUCACUCCUUUUGUCCGUCAUCCUGGUUUCAGGUUUUCUCUACAUCAGGACCUCCACCAGUGCAUGGUCAGAGCUGCAUGCACAGGGAAAGGACAUUACAAAAGCACCUGAUCCAGAGGAUUAUUAUAACCCUUCACUUGCUGUUACAUUUGAAGUUUGGUUAAUCAUUGUG